AUGACACCAUCAACAGCAACAACUACAAACAAUUUUCUCAAUAAUUUAAAAGAUUUUUGUUGGAGAUUUUUGGAAUUAUAUUUAUUUAAAUUUACAUUAUUUGUGCUUUUAUUUAUUUGUGUGGAACAUUAUUGCCUACUAAAUUUAUUUUGUAUAAUAUUUAUUUCAAUUGCUCUGUCUUCCUCAACUUUUUGUGUUUCAAAAAGUGUUACGUUUGCACUAUGUGCAUAUAUGGCUAUAUUGUUUGUUGUUAGAAGUGUUUAUCAGUUUGAUUUUAUUCCUUCUAUAGAAGAUUUUCACUGGCCUUGGAAUAAAACGUGUAACAGAAAUGAUACAAUUCCAUUAUUUAAUACAACUUCGAAAUGGGUAGGGCUAGAAAAACAAAAUGAUGAAUGGGUGGUUAGCGAUUAUAUUGGUUAUACAUUAAUUCUCAUCCUUAUUGGACUUCAAUUUUGUAUUAAAUAUCGUCAACAUUUAAAUAGAAAAUUGCGGAGUUUGGCAGAACCUCCUCCUGGAAUUCUUUUUCCAAAUGCUCAACCUGCUGAUUUUGAUAAAAGUUUAACUGAUUGUACAAAAUUUUUGUUAAAUUAUGGAUUUUAUAAAUUUGGAAUGGAGAUUUCUCUUGCAUCUUUGGGUUUUGCUGCCUGGAUGAGAAUGGAUUUACUUGGUGCUUUACUUGUUUUAUGGUUGCUUGUUUUAAUUUCAAUUCCUCGAAAUGCUCGAAAACGUCUUUGGCCUUUUUUAGUUUUUUAUUUGGCUUUUGUUCUUCCUUUGCAAUAUUUUAGUGCUCUUGGUUUACCUUCAAAUUUGUGUAUAGAUUAUCCAUGGGAUUAUUGGCAACCCCUCUUCAACAUUUUUCAUUCAAUUGGUAAAAGCUGGCAACUUUUGAAUAACAACUUGUCCUUAUUUUUGUGUCUACCAAAUUAUCGAAUGUCUCCAGACCGCUUCUCUGAUAACCUCAAAAUUGAUUUUAUUCUGUUAGCAAUUGUGUCAGCACAAAAUAGAAUGUUUAAACAAGAAAGUGAAGACCAUCCUGCUGGGUCUAAUGAUUCUAUUUAUGUUUGUAAUAAAUACCAAUUGUUAAAAGAAAAUCCUCAUUAUGAUUUUGUUAUUGAACAGAGAAGCUUUGUUGAUUUUAUUAAAUACAUAAUUUUUAUGUAUGGACAUUGGAUUACUAUGAUUAUGACUUUAUGUGCUGGUCUAGGUGGAACUUCACUUUUUGCUUUAGGCUAUGUAAUCCUCGCUUUUUGGAUGCUUUGGGAAGGAAAUAAUUUGUAUACAAUGCAUCGGUAUACAAAAACUUUGGCUCGUUGGAAUACUUUGGCAAAAUAUACAGUUGUUAUUAUGCUAUGUAAAAUAUUUCUACAGUUAGUUGGUUGUGUUUUUAUUGGUUUAAUUCGUCCAAAACAAUUAUGUCCAGUUCAACAAUUAUUCUCAAUUUUUUGUGUUAAUCCACUUUCAAUUGGAGAACUUCAAAAAUUCUUUAGUGAAUUACCUAGCGACGAUACAGAAUUUAGUGAUUUACAAAGUUGUUCAAAAGGUGGAGAUUCUUCAGAAGCUUCUAUUGGAUUCGAUGCUGUAGCGUUUCUAUUUAUUAUUUUUCAACUGAGAAUUUUGCAUUCUUGGUAUUUCCAAAGAUGUAUGAUUGAAUUUAGAUGUGAGGUUAUUCAGGCUAAUAGAGGGGCUGUUUUAAUCAAUCAAUUAAUUGAAAAAGAGAUGCGGGAACAAACGGAGCAUCAGAACAAGAAACUUCGAGAAAUUAAGGCACGAACAGCGGCCAUCAGAAAACGUUAUGAAGAACAACAGAGGCGUAGCAGUGGAUAUGGCGCUGUUGUCUUUUCUCCACAAACAUAUGGGCAAGUUCGUCCUCGCUCAAUCAUUGAUAUUGAUGAUCCAUUACCAAGUUAUGAUCCUCGAUAUGCUCCGCCACCGUCAGCUUCCAUUAUGGCAAAGCGUGCUGGAGAUUAUUAUAUGUUUGAAGGCGAUCCAGAAAUUGAUGAUUUAAUUGAACCUGUAAUAUCUUUUGUUCCAGAAGUAACACCGGGAGCUGGAGAUUUUGAUAAAUUGGAUCCUGCUCAAUUAUUACACACAGCACUUGGAAAAGAUUUGGAUUUAAUCAAAACAUUAGAUUCUGUUGAAGAAGCAGAACAAAUUAAAGAUGAAAAAUUGAGAAUGAUUGCUGCUGUUGCCCCGUCAGAAAAAGCUAGAGAAAUUGCAAAAUUGGCACUUAAACUUAGACAUCAAUCUCCUCCGAAACCGGAAACUGUUCAUCAUAUGGAUGAGGGUGAUUAUUAUUCUAUUGGUGGUCCUUCUACUUCACAAGAAAAAUCAGAAAAAGAUGAGGAAACGGACACAACAGAUGGGAUACCAAUAAUUCGUUUCCGCAAAAAAAGACAACAACAACAACCUGAAGAUGUUAUUGAAAAAGAAUCAACACAAAAAGAAAUUGAAGAACAACAAACAACAACAAAAAUUGAUGCUUAUAGUUAUGGUUUGUUGGGAAAAAAAUUAUUUAAUGAAUUUCUACUAGAGUUGUUGGCGACCGUUUUUAAAACCGGAAUUUUUGAAAUUUUUUGCCAAAAAUUAACCGUCUUUAGAAAUCUUUAA